UUCUAAGCGAUCGGUUUGGAAUGUGUUAGCUCCGCCGCGCCAGCUGGAAAUUUGUAUCUGAAAGAUCGCUGCCAGUUCGUUCGUUUUUUCGUUUCGUUCGUUUUUGGCAUACGGAAGCGGCUAACAGAAUCCGGAAAAUCACAAGAGGCACAAUAUUCAGCCGUAAAAAAUAUAUUUUAAAAGCAUAUAAUUUAUUGCACAAAUUAAAAGCCAAAUGCCGCGUAUCUGCUUAAUGUCAGCGCGAAAACUCAAUUGAAUUUAUUGAUUGUGAUUGCAAAUUUGACAUAAUUGUGUUUUGAUUUAUUUGUGUAAAUCUCGAAAAGAAUCUUCAAAAUAAGUAAUUAAAAUCUCUCGUUGUUUUUCGCCGCAUUGAACUCGCGGGUCAGUUGAAAUUUGUUCGCUGUGUUUCCAUCAAGAGUGAAUUGAGAUAGCGGUAUAUCAACAUCAUCCUUCAGAAUGCCAGAAGUGAUUUACUCGAGUUUUUUCCUGCUGUUCUGCUGCACAAUCCUGCUGCUGGGAACGGCGGUAUCAGGUGUUCAGAAUGCUGGUUUCAAUAGCACUAGCAAUCCUCAAAAUCGAACCCACCGAGGACAUAAUCAUCAUCACAGCCAUCGGACGCGUCAUCAGGGGACAAUCCAUUUGCCAACCCAUCAGAGGCAGCAGCGAAGAUUACAAUCGUUGAAUCAAGCGAAAUCCGAUGUGGAACUUCUUCCAGGAGUCACCAUGCAGGAGGUCACCAGAUUGCGUAGGAUACAACCCCACAAUCCCUAUAACAAAGUGCAGACACGACGGCUACACCAAACGCGACCUUCGACCUCCGAAUGGGAUUACAAUACUUAUAAUAUACUGACCAAUACAUUUGGACCUCCGCCACCGCCGAUGCCUUCGUCACCGCGUUACGGAAAGGGCGAGGAUAACACUCAGGAUGUGGAGUUUGUUGGGGUGAGAGAAAGGGGACGUGGUUACUCCUUUGUGCCAUCCGUUGCUACAGUUACCACAGCACCACCCCCGAAUCUCAAUAGGAGAUCGGCGAGUCCCGGUUUUGGAAGCAGUUUGGGCACCAUUCCACCAUUAAUUCCCGCCAGAAGGGGCUACAGCUAUACGACCACUACAGCUUCUCCUUCGGUGAACUCCAUUACCACCGAGAAUCCCUUCGAGACGAACCUCAUUGGAAGGGGUUAUCCCUCGGAUCCCAAGGAAAUGGAAAGGCGUCACAUUUGCAUGCAACAGCGAACGGUGACGAUGCCCGUGAAGCGGACGGAGGUCUACAGCCGACCCACCUGGAAGCACGUGGCCACGCCCUGCCAGCCGCCCACCUUCGCCGGCCAGAAGUGCACCAGGGUCCAGGUUGUCCACGAGCAGGCCUACCGGGAUGUCAUCGACCACAAGACCGCCCAGCAGAUGACCUACGACUGCUGCUCGGGAUGGAGCCGGGAGAAUCCACGGGCGGAUUCGUGCAUGAAACCUGUUUGCUCCUCGCGCUGCCAGAACGGCGGUAAUUGUACGGCUCCCAACACCUGUAGUUGUCCAUCGGGCUUCACAGGACGUCAUUGCGAGCAGGAUGUGGAUGAGUGCCAGACGGAGAAGCCCUGCGAUCAGCAGUGCUUUAAUACUCAGGGAUCUUACCUCUGCCGCUGCCGCCAGGGAUUCGUCCUGCAGGCGGAUCAGCAGAGCUGCAAGAAAGUAUCCACGAAUGCAGACGACGCCUUCGAGGCUCGCGAUCUGGAGAACGACAUAGACGACACGGAUGCAGAGGUGGUCACGCGGCUCCAGAAGAUCGAGAAGUCGUUGGCCAACGAGCGAGUCCACACCAACGAGCUGCAAAAGUCGCUCCAGGCCACCUACAGUGUGGUGGACACCUUAAAGAGCCGGCUGAGCACGCUGGAAAAGCAGGCUCAGGAUGUGAGUCGACUGCAGACGAAUCUCUAUAAGACGGAGUCGCGGACCAACAAGCUGGAGGGGAUGCUGAACCUACUGCUAAAGUGCCGGAAUGGCCCCAACGCCAACUGCCCCUAAAAACAGAACUGCAUUUCCCCCUUCCCUACGCUACUUAUUAUUAAAUGUUAGUUAACUUAAUUGACCACUCUGUUCACAUGUAGCUGCUCCUGCUUGUAAGCCAUUCCCGAAUGCGAGUCGAGUGCCUCUGUAGUCUCUAGAAUCUCAGCCCUCGAAUCCGAGGGGCUGUGCGUAUUAGUACUUAAGCGAACGUGUCAUAAAUGUAUCGAGAUCUGAAGUUAUAGCCUUAAGCGCACCACCGCACUCUGCACCACCCAAAGCGGAUUUGGAUUUUGGGUGGUGCACCGAUAAAUUUCUGCAUGUAUCUGUAUAUAAUUUUAAUGUAUAUGAGAAAUCACUGCACGAAUAAAUGCAUUUUCUAAUUUGAA